CGUACAUCUGUGGAUUCCCAGGAAAUUAAACUAGAAGGUCUCGAUCGCGACCGUCACACGCACCAGGUAACAACUGAUCACCAUGAAGAUCGCAAUAGUCUGCGUUCUACUGUCGGCCGUAUGUCUUAGUCAGGCGUUGUUGUUUGAUGACCUGUUCGGCCCACCUCCCACCCACUGUACCACAGACGCGGACUGUAGUGACGGAUGUUGCUUGUAUGACGGGUUCCGACAUACCUGUUCCCACAGGACCAUUAGUUAUCUACAGCGGUGUCACCUUAACGGUCAUGAAUAUUCAUCAUGUGGCUGUGCUGACGGAUAUCAUUGUGAAUCCCUGGAUCAUCUGAGCCUUGCUAUUGAAUCAUCAAAUAUUCCUCCCGGAUACGGAGUCUGUGAGCACGGCGUAGGAAACCGAACAACGACCAAAGCGCCUCUCGUAGCAGUUGAACAAGGCUAAGAGUGCCGACGUGUCAUUGAUGUAUACAUUAAAUAAAAAUUAACAAUUAAUUAUUGCAACCAU